GUACUAAUCCAAAGUGGUCUAGCGCUGAAAUGGUACUUUGUCGGUGUACCUUUCAGCCUUCCGCAUCAGGCUCCGCAGAUUUUGGACCUCAUAACUCAUCUUCAGAGCUCCAGGCAUUGAAGGUUGUUACGAUCGCGCGCAAAUACACCGCGGUCUAACAUCAAUUUUUGAAACACAGAGAAACUGCUCCAGCACGCUCUCAGAAUACCGCCAAAAUGUCGAACAAACAAGGAAAGAUGGCCGGUUACAUCAACUGGCGGAUGCGGGUUACUCUUAAUGAUGGAAGGGCAAUGACCGGUCAGAUGCUUGCUUUUGAUAAGCACAUGAACCUUGUACUUGCGGACACGGAAGAAUUUCGACGCGUGAAGCGCAAGCAAAACAAGCCCUCUGCCCCUGGCGCAAGCGGUUCAGCUACCCAGACCGUCGAGUCUGAGGAGAAGCGAACUCUUGGCCUCACGAUCGUUCGAGGCGCUCAUAUUAUCUCCCUCUCCGUGGAGUCGCCUCCUCCCGCCGAUCCUAGUGCUCGACUAGGCAAGAGUGCUCCUGGUGGAAUUCCUUCUGCCUUGGCUGCUGGGCCUGGUGUUGCUCGUCCUGCUGGCCGAGGAGCUGCCCCUCCCUCCCUCGCUGGUCCUGCUGCUGGCGUUGGUGGUGCUCCCCCGCCUGGUUUUCCUGGUUUCCCUGGUGCUCCUGGUUUUCCCGGCCGUGGUGGUAAGUUCAAAAGGUCCCGAUACCCUCGAAAAGUUUCUAACCGUCUCCAAGCCCCUCCUCCUGGCUUCCCUGGAAACUUUCCUCCUCCAGCUGGCUUCCCUGGAGGCGCUCAGUUCCCUCCUCCCGGGUUCAACCCUGGUGGUCCCCCACCGCCUGGAUUCCAGCCUCCUCCCCGAAGAUAGGUUAUGUAGGCACUGGUUACUUCGGGCAAAUUUUAAUAGCCUGAGAGGAGGCUUCGAUAUCGUAACCAAGACUGAGAACGUCUUAUCUGCUCGUCGAACCAAGACGCCGUGGUUGGAAUAAAUGUUGGGAUUAUGAGCUUGGCACAAAAAUGUAUGUGAAUUUCUUCAUGGCACUUUACCGUCCUCCAUCAAUGUUAACUAGCUUGCCAAGACGUUUUACGGAGCACUUGAGGCGCAUGAUGGUGCAUUGGAAUAGAAGUGAUUUGUUUUAUAGGGUAAUAGGCCGCUCCAAGAUUAUGAGUUGGUGUUGUCAAACUACCACAGUAUAUAUUGUGUCAAAAGAAUGUGGACAAUCUUGAGCGAAAUCCUUUGCUGGUCUGUUUUUCCCCGACAUUUGUUUACCUAAGCUUGAGUCUUCAAAGACUCGAAAGAGAUCUGAACCACUUAACUUUGCUGGUCUGUGAAUGCCGUGAAGGUCGAC